AUGCCUCCCUCUCUCCUGACUCAGCUUCCCUGGACAACCGCUCCCCUCAUCGCUAACGCACCGAUGGGAGGCUUCGCCGGUGCCCAGCUCGCCGUCGCCGUCAGCGAAGCAGGUGGUCUCGGCUUCAUCGGCACCAUCACACCAGGGACGCUGAAGCAAGAGCUCUCCGCCGCCGUGGAGUUGCUCCAAACCAGCAAAACCCUCGACACAAGCAGCAGUAAAACACUUCCCAUCGGCAUAGGAAUGCUACCAUUCAUCACCAACAUUGAUGACAUGCUGCCGCAUCUGGCCCAGAACCCGCCGGCCGUGAUCUGGCUGUUCGCGGCCAAAGAGCGAAACGAUUACGCCGCCUGGGCUGAGCAGAGUCGAAAGGUCUGCCCUGACACCCGUAUCUGGGUGCAGGUGGGCAGCGUGAGUGCGGCGCUCGAGAUAGCGAAGUCGACGAAGCCGGACGCGUUGGUCCUGCAAGGUUCGGAUGCCGGCGGGCACGGCUUCGAGAAUGGUGCCAGUAUCGUCUCGCUGAUUCCCGAGGCGAUUGACACGCUGGCGGCGAACGGAUACGGCGAUAUCCCCCUUCUUGCAUCGGGUGGUAUCGCCGAUGGGCGCGGUGCCGCAGCGGCAUUUGCCCUCGGCGCGAAAGGCGCGGUGAUGGGGACCAGGUUCCUCGCCGCGAAGGAAACGGCCGUGCCGCCGGGAUAUCGGGACUUAGUUCUCGCAGCACGAGACGGAGGAAUGAGCACGGUACGGAGCAAAUUGUUCGACAACGUCAAGGGCCCUAACAUCUGGCCGGAAGAGUACGACGGACGCAGUCUAGUGACCAAGAGCUACAUGGAGCACGUGCAAGGCGUGGCUAUCGAAGAGAUUCGAGAAAAACACAACGAAGCCGUCAAGGGAGCAGACCAAGGGUUCGGGUCUACGAAUCGUGCAAACGUCUGGGCUGGUGCGGGCGUCGGUUUGGUGAACACAGUCACGACGGCGGCUGAUAUCGUAAGCGAAGUCAGAUCGGGUAUCAGGCUGGCGUUUGAGAAUCCAGCGGCUCGUGCAUGA